UGGGAGAGAGGGAUAACGGAGGGACAUCCACUGUACAAAUCGUACGGCAGGAUUUUAGCCCCACGGCUGAGGCCUGGAGGCAAUCUGCUGCCUUGCCCUCUCCUCCCUGGGUAGCAAGAGGUGAGCACUAGCCCUGGGGCACGGGUUGCCCAGGGCCAGCCCUCCAGUAGAUGGCACGCACGGGCCUCGCAGAGCCUCACUGCAGCGAUGGAGAGAAAUCUGACACUGCCAGACACUCCCUUGGAAUAGCCAGGGCCCGAGCAGGAACCAGGAAACACAAGCUCUCCCUGUCCAGAAAACACUUCUGCUUCAUGGAGGAAGGAGCGACAUGGGCAACCUCUGCAGCUGCGGGCGACCGUGGAACUAAUGUGAGACAUGAGAGCCAACAGCAUCAGCCUGGCAGGAAGGCUCCAACGUAUGAAGAUGUCCCAGAGUUUCCUGUCUACGCCACCGUGAGUAAACCCAAGAGUGUGAAGCAGGAUGACAGCAUUCACUACGCAGACAUCCAGGUGUUCACCAAGGUCCGGGAGCGCUCUGCAGCAGAGGUGAAGAACUUACAAAUGCAGAAUGCCACAGAGUAUGCCACCCUCAACUUUCCCCGGCCCAGGCUGAAAUAUGACAGUAAGAAUGGGACCCUGGUAUAAACGGCUUGUUGGCCCCCUUCUCUUUCAGCAGAAAAAGUAUUUUACAGACUUAGAGAUGCUGUAGAUGCAAACUAACCUCAUGAACACGUGAAGUCUCCCUGAGAAAGUGCAGAGAGGCUGUGCCUUCCACCUGCAUUUCUCAUCAGAGGACACAGAAAUAUUUAUUCUCACGUGAUGAGUAGUUUCCUAUCUGAUUCUGCUGACAAAAAACACCUCUUCCCCUUGGAUGAGUUGCCACUGAAGCUGGCAACCCAUCUCCUCUCAGCACUGUGAGAAGACAGAGCUGCUCCUUGGCCGAUGAAGGCUAAAACCACAGCUCAGAGCUGCAGUGAGAAAGUUCCUGCUGUGGCAGAGGACCAGCUGAGUGCUGCUCUGCAGAUUUGGGGACGUGGCACACAGGAUUCAAUACCAGGACAAGAGAGAUGUUCCCACAGGAUUUUAUGUCAAUGUUAAGAAAAUUCUGCAAUGUACAGAAUGACACAUGGAGGAUACCAGGAAGAAACGGCAUGCAACCUUUAAUAUUAUCUACUGCAGUGUCUUCCUCCAUCACCUGCCACUGUAACUGCAGUCAUGCACUAUGUGCAUCCCCCUUUCUCAAAAGGCAGUGUUCUAUAACCAUGCACAGCACACUAAAACCAAGGCCAGAAAUGCAGAAUUAACUGAGGAGUACAGAAGAAGUUCUUUCACCGAAGGGCUGUACAGAUAUGCAUCUUUACUCCAACAUGCACAGAACUGAGUAGUGAGCUCUUGGCUCUGACUGUAAAUGAAACAAGGAAAAUUCUCAAUUUAACUUCAAGGCAGCCAUUUAAAAGCUACUGCCUAUAUUUAGGGCAGUUAUCCAGUCCUUAGAGUACAGCAGCUGUCUGCAAGCCUGAGAUACUGGGAAUGAAUCCUGUUCAACUUCAGAGGGCUUUGGACUUCUCCUCCAUUUUUUCUUAUUUCAUACUCGCAGCCUUAGCUAUAAAACCCAGUAACAGAGCACACACCAUGUGGUAUUUCCUGCUAACCCUCCCAGAUGCAACUCUGAGAAUUUAUUUAUGGAUUUAAAAUAAUGUUAGUAUGCAGUAGAGCAAUCAUCCAAAAGGCUCCUGCCACUGGACUGAAUUUGGCAGUUGCAGCAUUGGCAGUUGAACAGGGCUCCCCAGCAGUAUCUUCAGGCACUAACUCAAUGUUUGGCACAGUCUGUUCCUAAAUAAUGGUCUGCAUAGCUAAACGCAGGUUGUGGGACAACCUGUUUAUUGCCAGUGUGUAAAAAUGAACAUCCUGGUACAUUUUGUAAACAUACAUCAUUUUGCAUAUCAUAACUCAAUGUAAAAAGCAUGAAGGAGUUCCUGCUCAUUAAAAAAGAAAAAAGAUCUUGUAUGGGCA